UACAUCCUCUUUCAUCAGCUCAACACUGGUUGAAAAUAACUUCAGUUGUCACUUUAACUGAUCUGGAGCCCGUUACACGCGGGCAUGCAGGGAUGAUGAAGAUGAUGAUGAUGAUGUUGCAAAUAAUUGCAGUCCUGACCGAAUCUGUUCUGGUCUCUUCACAUGCAUCAAACUCCACAGUUGUUUGUGAAAGAGGUGAUGAGAGGCAGACCCGGGGAGUGAGAGCUGGAGAAUCUCUGUAUCUGCCCUGUCCGAACCUCCAGUGCUUUCAAGAGACCGUGAACAGCUCGUACGUUUGGUUCAGAAAGCUCAACGCAUCAAAGCAGCUGGAGCGGAUCGGGACGGAGGAGAGCGAGCGCGUCCAUCACCACGAGUCCGUUCUGUACAUCCUCUGGUUAAACCUGAACGACACCGGACGAUACAUCACACGCUGGUGGUAUGAAGAGGGUCAGUGUGUCGAGUACGAAACGGACGUUUUGGUUCACGAGGGGUUCAGCACGGAUCUCUUGUACAAGACGCUGCCGGAGCAGGCGCCGUCGAGAAUCGAGUGUCCCGUGUGUGAAGAUGUUCAGGGCUCCAUCGUCUGGUACAAGGAUUUCUCUCUUAUUCCCAACCAAGAGCCUGGAAGGUAUUUGCGAAUACGCGAGCCUUCGAGGGACAGCGAGGGCGUCUACACGUGCGUGUGCGUGUGGGAGCACCGCGGGGUGAAGCUCACCUCCUCCGGCUCCCGCAGACUCAGCAUCGCGCCGGAGGCCGCCAGCGGGUCUCCCAAGUUUCUGCUGCCGAUCAAUAACUCUGUCGUGAUUGCUGACGCGGGUUGGGAGGUGAUCCUCAACUGUUCGGUCUUCUUCGGACAGACCGUGUGUGAUGAGUGCUCCGUUCACUGGGAGAUGAACGGGAUCCUGCUGGACGGGCUGGAUGGAUACGAGUCGAGAUACAGAGAGACAGACGGCAACGUUCAGUCCGUUUUGACCAUCGCUUCAGUUUCUGAGUCAGAUCUCGGUUCAGAGUUUCGCUGCAAGGCUAAAGACUCGACGGAAGUGAUUUUUGUCUCAGUCACUUUGAAGAACCGAGCAUCAGUGCUCCCUGUGCUUCUGGCGUGCUUUUGCACGCUUCUCGUUUUCCUGCUGGUCGGAGGAAUAACGAAGUGGUUUGCGUUGGAUCUAGUGCUGUUCUUAAGAGAAAUUUCCAUCAAGCUUUACAGUAAAGAGGAUGGGAAAAUGUAUGAUGCUUAUGUGAUUUACCAAAGAAGCAACUUGGAUGAGACGACAAGCAAAACUGUAAGCGACUUUGUGAAUGGAUCUCUGCUGACGGUCCUGGAGAACUACUACGGCUUUAAGCUGUUUAUUCACGGCAGAGACGACCUGCCCGGGGAAGACUGCAUGAACCUGACCGAGGCUAAGAUCCGGCUGAGCCGGAGACUCAUCAUCCUGUUGACCCCGGGAGGAAGUGCGGAGAAAAGCGGGGAUUCUCCCGAAGCGUACGACCUGCAGGUAGGGCUCCAUCAGGCUCUGGUCCAGGGAGAACCGGCGGUGAUCCUCAUCCAGCUGGGACAGACGCUGGACCACGCACGCCUGCCUCUGGGACUGCAGCAUCUGCUCUGGAAGAGCUCGCCUCUUCUCUGGAGAGACGGCGAAUCUUCUCCGAACUCCAGGUUCUGGAAGCGAGUGCGUUAUCGGAUGCCCGCGGCUUCGUCCCACCGGAGGAGCCGCGCGAAGAGGUCGCUGGUGAAAUCGUGUCCGGGUCUGCUCGUUUGAUGCGUCUCCGAUGAAACUUCGUCAUUUCUGGGUGCCUAGAAAAGCUUAUGAAUGAGGACGUUCUGAAGUGGGAUACAUAAAGUGGUCAUGCACGCAUAAUUCCCUUGAACUUUUGACAUGUAAGAAGUCAUGCUAUAAAAACAUUCGUCAAAACACUUUUAUAAAUGCAGUCAACUAAUAUGGCCAAUUAAAUGAAACAAAUACAUAAACAGUUUUUUAGCAGAGUGUGUAAUAAUUUAUAUAUACAUGUACGCAGUCCAAAGACGUUAAGAUGUCCGCAUCAAAUGAAAUUUACAAAAGUAGGUAAAGUGUUUACUUUUAAGGUCUCAAAUGCAUUUUGGAGAAUAAAAUUGUAAAAUUUGGUCGAAAUAAUUGCAUUGUCAGUGUAUAUAUAUAUAUAUAUAUAUAUAUAUAUAUAUGCACAUACACACACAUAUAUAUAAGAAUAAGGUAGCAUAUUAAAUUUUUUUGUGUUUUAAAUGAGUAAACGUAUCUACACAUAUAUUGGCAAAUAAUAAAAAUACUAAUUAGGGUUUGGCGUGAAAGUAGUUUGUCUUUUAAUGUGCCGUAAAUAGAUUUUAGUUGAAAAGAGCAGAUUUAUUAAAAACGUGUGACUUAUUUUUGCAUCAGAAAAACAAAAUUGCACUUAAUUUAAACAGAAAAUGUUUUUAUUUUCAAAGAAGUAUUGCACUUCUAAUUUUCAGUUAUUUUCAUUGCAUGUUUUUGACUUCUUUUUGCAGAAUUAUUACUGAAUUUCAGAUUCGUGUCACACGUCAUGGCGUGCGGUUUAUAUUAUCAAUUGCAGUUAACAGAACUGUCCAUAAAAUCUAUGGAUAUUGCUCCGUGUAAUGAGCUGUCUGCAUCUUUCCUGUUAUUUUACAGAUUUAUUUUUACAGUUGAAUAUAUAUUUUUUUAAAUCAGUAUUUUUCACUGAGAAAGGUGAAUGCACCAGUUUGGUGUUAGUUGUAUGUAGAUAUAAAUAUAUGUGAUUUUUGUAUGUAUGUUGUUUGUAAGGCUUCUAUAAUUCAAUAAAUACAAAUUAAUUACGCUAGGCUACGCUACUACUACUACUACUACUACUAAAUGUUGCAUACAUAAAAGCCAUUAUAGGCAAACACGAGAAUAAGCAACCGCAUAAAGUUUUGUUUAUUUUUUUGCCUUUUGAAAGCCUGUGGAAUUUAUUGUCAUAAAUAUAUGCCUGUGUGUGCAUUUGUUGAUACUCAAGUUGUUCUAGACUUAAAAUAACAUGAGAGCGAGUACAGCGACGUGAACUGUCCCUUUAAGACGCAACGAACUCGCGCAGCGUCGUUUCCAUGACGACUGAAUGAGUCGCACCCAAAUGCAUUUCUAACAAGCGGUUAUUGUGAACUCUAAGCGGCAAUAUAAAGCAAUUCUUUCUUGUAUUUACUACUACAAGAAGGAAUGUGAGUUGUCGUGGGAUUUAUAAACAUGUUUUAACUUAAUUUGUACUGUAAUGCGUUUCUGAACGUCCAGCAGAAUGCCAGUUUACGACAGUGAAUCACCACGAAAUUAGCGAAAAGACUUAAGAGGUGAGGAAAAAUAAGUAGAUAUUUCAUAAUAUACAGCAUUUGAUGUAAUGCAAUAUGAUAUAUGGCAGCGCCAGAGCAAGUGUGUGAGUUUUAAUAGGGUUUUAACAGUU